GUUUUCAUUAAACAUCUGCUCCUUUGUCUUGUUAUUGUUUUGCUUCUUAGUUCUUCCCUUCCAAGUUCUCAAACCUCCCUCCCUUUCUCCUUUUUUUUGUCAGUCCUGCUGUCUGCAGGUGGACUCUUCAAGCACAUCUUUUGAAGAGAGAGAGAAAGAGGAGGAAAGGAAAAGACAAAAUAGCCCUCCAAUUCAAUUCAAGCAUUCACUCUAUCCUCAACUGUUAAUACUAGUCUCUAAUAAUCUUCCACCCUCAUGUCUGACUUACAAUUCUUCUUGUACCUUCUCCCAUUUGUUUUGGCUUUAUCUUGGACCUUAAACUUUCUUAAAAGAAAAAAUCCCCUCCCAAAUCUUCCUCCUGGCAAUAAGGGCUUGCCCUUUAUUGGUGAAACUAUUGGCUACUUGAAGCCACAUCCUGCCACUACCAUUGGAAAAUUCAUGGAGCAACACAUAGCAAGGUUUGGGAAAAUUUACAAAGCAAAUUUAUUUGGAGAACCAACAAUAGUAUCAGCAGAUGCAGGGUUGAAUAGAUUUAUCUUUCAAAAUGAAGGGAAAUUAUUUGAAAGUAGCUAUCCAAGUAGCAUUGGUGGGAUACUUGGAAAGUGGUCUAUGUUAGUUUUGGUUGGAGAUUUACACAGAGAUAUGAGAAAUAUUUCUCUUAAUUUUUUGAGUCAUAGCAGACUUAAAGCUCAUCUUAUUAGAGAGGUUGAAAGCCAUGCUCUCCUUGUUUUUGAAACUUGGCAAGAAAAUUGUUCUUUUUCUGCUCAAGAUGAAGCCAAGAAGUUUACAUUCAAUGUAAUGGCAAAGCAAAUACUGAGUUUAAAUCAUGGGGAAGCUGAAACAGAGCAGCUUAAAAAAGAGUAUAUUAAUUUCAUGAAAGGAGUUGUAUCAGCUCCUGUUAAUUUGCCAGGAAGUCCAUAUAGAAGAGCAUUAAAGUCAAGAACAGCCAUAUUAGAUUUCAUAGAGAUGAAAAUGGAGGAGAAGAUAAAGAAGAAGAAGAUGAUGAAUGAUGGUAGUGAACAAAAGGAAGAAGAUGAUCUUCUUGGGUGGGUGUUGAAGUAUUCAAGUCUAUCAACAGAACAAAUACUUGACUUAAUUUUGAGUUUGCUGUUUGCUGGCCAUGAAACUUCCUCUGUUUCCAUUGCUUUAGCCAUCUUUUUCUUGGAGGGCUCCCCUUCUGCUGUUGAGCAAUUAAGAGAAGAACACCUUAUGAUUGCCAGAGCCAAGCAACAAUUAGGAGAGAAAGAAUUGAAUUGGGAGGACUACAAAAAAAUGGAAUUUACUCAAUGUGUCAUUAACGAAACAUUGAGACUGGGAAAUGUAGUAAGGUUCCUGCAUAGGAAGGCUCUUAAAGAUGUUCGGUAUAAAGGUUAUGACAUUCCAUGUGGAUGGAAAGUGCUGCCUGUUAUAGCAGCCGUGCAUUUGGAUUCUGCCCAUUAUGACCAUCCUCAUCUCUUCAAUCCUUGGAGAUGGCACCAGAAUGGUAAUAACAGAGGAGGCAUAUCAUCUUCAGCAACGAAUUCGAACCCGACAAUCGGACAUAAUUUCAUGCCAUUUGGGGGUGGACAAAGACUAUGUCCAGGAUCUGAACUGGCUAAGUUAGAGAUGGCAAUUUUUAUCCAUCAUUUGGUUCUCAAAUUCCAGUGGAAAAUAGCAGAUAAAGAUCAAGCUUUUGUUUACCCAUUCGUGGAAUUUCCCAAAGGUUUACCAAUUGAAGUUCAACGCUUAAGUUUUGGACUCUAAGUUCUUCAUUAUAACCUGGAUUUAAUAAUCUAUCAUCCACAAUCUUGCACAGAAAAGUAUGAUAAUGAUAAUAAUUCAUAUAUAUUAUAUUAUACAUACAUAUAUAUUGGAGAAGAAGAAGUCCACAUUUUCCCAGAUUAAUAGUAUUACUGGGUUUCUUCUUCUUCUCCACUUUUUUUUAGGGGGUUUAGGGUUGUUUAAUCUCGCUGUUGAUAUUGAUGCUUUAGCCUAGCUUUGUGUAAUGAGAGAAAAUUAUGAGUGAAGAAGUAGAGAGAGAGAGAGACAAGCAAGUAAGACAGCCAAUUAUUUCUUCCCCUUUUGAUUCUGUAAAUGGCUUCUCUAUUAUUAAGCCGUCCACAUGAUUGGAGUUUGACGGUGAUUUUAUUAUAAUUUUGUACAUUUUCUAUUGUACUUGUAGUAGUAAUAAUAUCUAUAUAUGUGAUGGUUAUUCUUAGAAUACUCUCUUACACUUUAAA